AUGCCUAAAGAAAAGAAAGAACCUAAAUCUAAAAAAGAAAAGAAAGAAAAGAAAGAAAAAAAAGAAAAGUCUCAUAAGGAAAAAAGGGAAAAGCAUUCAUCAAAACAUAAAGAGAGUAAAGCGAGUAAAGAGAGUAAUGUAAAAGAUAGUAAUGCAAUGGAAGUUGAAGAUCUGGAUGUAGCCAAAAUUGAAACACCCGUUGAAAAUAAAUCAGAAAAAGGUUUAAUUGUACAUUACGACUUGAGAGCUCUAAUACCUUUUGCACAACCCUUAGCUUCUGAGGAUUUAACUCUGGAGAUAAUGAAAACGGUUAGACAAGCUGCAAGAAAACGACAAUGCAGGCGAGGUGUAAAGGAAACUGUCAAGGCUAUACGUAAACAGCAGAAAGGUUUUGUCGUGAUGGCGGGAGAUGUUUCUCCAAUGGAUGUAAUUUCACAUAUCCCAGUUUUAUGUGAGGAAAAUGAAAUACCUUAUGUUUUCAUUCCAUCUCGAGCUGAUCUUGGAUUCUCGUGUGCAACGAAACGUCCAACAAGUGUUAUUAUGAUUGUUCCUGAUCAUAAAGUUGAAGAUAACGAAUAUAACGAACAAUAUGAAACGUGUCUUACGAAAGUUAAGGAACUGUUAAAAAUGGCUCCCGAAACAAAGAGCCGUAAGCCCGCAAACACUGCCUUUAAACAACAACGUUUAAAGGCAUGGCAACCAAUUCUUACACCUAAAACCGUCCUUCCAACAUUCUUUAUUAUCGGAAUCAUCUUUGCACCGCUUGGUGCCUUUUUAUUUUAUGCUAGUAAUAAUGUAAAAGAAAUACAAAUCGAUUAUACCUAUUGUGAUUCAACUCCAGAGCCCACAGAUGUUCUAGGAGUCCAGCCUAUUUUUGUUGAAACGCCACCUCAAUAUAUAACAACUUCAUUUUCAAAUGUUUCCCAAAUAAAAGUAUCAUGGGCUAAAAUUAUUAAACUUCUUCCGCAAGAAAGAAAUCCAACUGGAGAUAGAAAAAUUUGGAACUGUUUAAUUCGAUUUUCUUUACCAGAAAACUUAAAACCGCCAAUUUUCAUGUAUUACAGGUUAACAAAUUUUUAUCAAAAUCAUAGAAGAUAUGUUAAAAGUUUUGACGCUGACCAGCUUAAAGGUAAAGCUGUACCUGUAAAUACGAUUAAAGCUGGAAAUUGUAAACCGAUGGACGUUGGUGAAGACGGAAAGAUUAUUUAUCCUUGUGGUCUUAUUGCUAAUUCCCAAUUUAAUGAUACAUUUUUCGAUCCUGUUCUUCUUACUUCACCUGUUAGUGAUCUUCAAAAUGUGACCUAUGAAUUUACAUCUAAGGGUAUUGCAUGGCCUUCUGAUAAAGAGAAAUAUAAAAAAACUCAAUACACUCUUGAUCAAAUUCGCCCUCCUUUGGAUUGGGUUCAGAGAUAUCCUGAUGGCGCUUAUUCUGAUAAAUUUCCUCCACCUAACAUUGAAGAAGAUGAGCAUUUUCAAGUUUGGAUGCGCACUGCAGGUCUUCCUGAUUUUAGGAAAUUAUGGGGAAAAAAUGCAGCUCAAGAGAUGGUUGCGGGAGAUUAUCAAGUCGAAAUUGAAUAUUGUAAUUAA